AUGAUUACUCACCUUCUCCCGUUGUCGAUUCGUUUCCCCCAAAAGCACCACCGUCCGGAAUCCAUGCCACCUCCGGCCAUCGACUCAUCGUUCUCUAGAUUGUUGGCUACAAAUCGAAGAGUCAACAAAUCUCUAACGCCCUCACAAAAUCUCACAGAUCAGAGGGGACAUGCAGGCAUGUCUGUUUUCAGAACUGCUGUUGAGGAUUGUCUAGAUUAUGAGCCUGAACCCUCCAAGAAACCACUCAAAUAUAGCCAUGGAAAGAGGUCAAGUGAUGUUGAUGUUGAAAACUUUUCUGGUUUGAGAAUCCAGAAUCAGUUGGUUUCUCGAACAGAAUUGAGUGAUCGAUUAGCUGAUAUUCGAUUUGUUCGUUUAACAGCGAUAAAGUAA